GCCCUUGCCUUACGCGCUGGCGUGCGCGCCCUCGGUCCUUCUCUCUUUUUAGUAGCGCGGUGCGGAGGUGGCAGGAGCAGCGCGGGCGGUGGGGCCGGGGUCGGCUAAGGCGUCCAUUCCUAAGAGCGAGACCGCAGCGCAUUGAGUUUCCUUCCCCUCCCCCAGUUCCCCCGGGCCACUCGCGCACAGGAGAUGCCCUCAGCUACUAACAGCACUAUGGCGAGCAGCAACAGCGGGAAAGCAGGCCCGGGCGGUGAAACUGCUCCAGCAACCGCAGCCGCCCCGCAAGCGUCGGGCGGCAGCAUCACCUCGGUGCAAACCGAGGCAAUGAAGCAGAUCCUGGGAGUGAUCGACAAGAAGCUGCGCAACCUAGAGAAGAAAAAGAGCAAACUUGAUGAUUACCAGGAACGAAUGAACAAGGGAGAACGUCUGAAUCAAGAUCAACUGGAUGCAGUGUCAAAGUACCAGGAAGUGACGAAUAAUCUGGAAUUUGCGAAAGAACUGCAGAGGAGUUUCAUGGCUCUGAGCCAAGAUAUCCAGAAAACAAUAAAAAAGACAGCUCGCAGGGAGCAACUGAUGCGAGAAGAAGCUGAACAGAAGCGUUUAAAGACUGUACUAGAGCUGCAGUUCAUUUUGGAAAAGUUGGAUGAUGAUGAAGUUCGCAAUGACUUGAAACAAGGAACAAAUGGAGUGCCAGUACUCACAGAGGAGGAACUGACAAUGCUGGAUGAGUUUUACAAGCUAGUUUACCCUGAACGAGACAUGAACAUGAGGUUGACUGAGCAGUAUGAGCAAGCAUCUGUUCACCUGUGGGACUUACUGGAAGGGAAGGAGAAACCAGUCUGUGGAACAACCUAUAAAGUGCUAAAGGAGAUUGUUGAACGUAUUCUUCAAACUAGUUACUUUGAUAGCACCCAUAACCAUCAGAAUGGAUUAUGCGAGGAAGAAGAGGCAGCACCUGCACCUGCAGUGGAAGAUGCUGUAGCGGAAGCUGAACCUGAUCCAGCAGAAGAAUUUACUGAGCCAACUGAAGUGGAAUCAACUGAGUAUGUAAACAGACAAUUCAUGGCAGAGACUCAGUUCAGCAGUAGUGAGAAGGAACAGGUAGAUGAGUGGACAGUUGAAACGGUUGAGGUUGUAAAUUCGCUGCAGCAACAAACACAAGCUACGUCUCCUCCAGUUCCUGAACCUCACACGCUCACUACUGUGGCUCAAGCAGAUCCUCUGGUUAGAAGACAACGAGUACAGGACCUUAUGGCACAGAUGCAGGGCCCCUAUAACUUCAUGCAGGACUCUAUGCUGGAGUUUGAGAACCAAACACUUGAUCCUGCCAUUGUGUCUGCACAGCCCAUGAAUCCAGCACAGAAUUUGGACAUGCCACAAAUGGUUUGCCCUCCAGUUCAUGCCGAGUCAAGACUUGCCCAGCCUAAUCAAGUUCCUGUGCAACCAGAAGCUACGCAGGUAAAAUGUUCAGUUCCCUUGGUCUCCUCUACCAGUGAGGGAUAUACAGCCUCCCAGCCCAUGUAUCAGCCUUCUCACACAACAGAGCAACGGCCACAGAAAGAAUCCAUUGACCAGAUUCAGGCUUCAAUGUCACUGAAUGCAGACCAGACCCCAUCAUCAUCAUCACUUCCCACUGCAUCCCAGCCGCAGGUGUUCCAGGCUGGAUCUAGCAAACCUUUGCAUAGCAGCGGAAUCAAUGUUAAUGCAGCUCCAUUCCAAUCCAUGCAAACAGUAUUCAACAUGAAUGCACCCGUUCCUCCUGUUAAUGAGCCAGAAACCCUUAAGCAGCAAAACCAGUACCAGGCCAGUUACAACCAGAGUUUCUCCAAUCAGCCUCAUCAAGUAGAACAAUCUGAUCUUCAGCAAGAUCAGCUCCAGACAGUGGUUGGAACCUACCAUGGAUCCCCGGACCAGACCCAUCAAGUGGCGGGUAACCACCAGCAGCCUCCCCAGCAGAACACUGGAUUUCCACGGAACAGUCAACCUUAUUAUAACAGUCGAGGAGUGUCCCGUGGUGGAUCACGUGGGGCUCGUGGUUUAAUGAAUGGCUACAGGGGACCGUCAAAUGGAUUUAGAGGAGGAUAUGAUGGCUACCGUCCUUCCUUUUCCAACACUCCAAACAGUGGUUACACGCAGCCCCAGUUCAGUGCUCCUCGGGAUUAUUCGAACUACCAGCGGGAUGGAUAUCAGCAGAAUUUCAAACGUGGCUCUGGACAAAGUGGACCUCGGGGAGCUCCUAGAGGUCGUGGAGGGCCCCCAAGACCAAACAGAGGGAUGCCUCAAAUGAAUGCUCAGCAAGUGAAUUAAAUGGAUUCACAGGAUUACAAUAAACGCCAAAAACACACUGGCCAGUGUACUAUACAUGUUACCAGAAGAUUUAUUAUCUAUUUGUUCUCCCUUACAGGAAGUUUGAUGUAAAGGGACUAUUUUCAUUACUCAUAAUGACAGGACUACAGUUGCCAGCUUUAUAUUACCUGGAUAUGGAAAGGAACAAAACAACGUUUACUCUGCAUGUUCUGUCCUAAGCAUCAUCUUGAGCCUUGCACAUGAGAUUCAGAUUCCUCACCCUUGCUAAGAGUAAAGCAAAAAAAAAAAAGGCAAUUUUCAGGGUGAUGCAAUCUCCAUGGUUAAUUGAAGUGGCAGGAAAAAGCGAAGACUCACUUCUGACAUUUAAGUGAUGUAACAAAUUUGGAUAAAAUCUGUAAAUUAGUGAAGAGUUACUGUGGUGGCAAUUGACAAAACUUAAUGUCCCCGUGAAAGGAUGGAAAAGGUGAACUGUGGUUUGGUAGAGCAACUGCAUUUCAACUUUUUCUUACUAAAUUGAAGCACUGAACAGUUCAAAGAUGCGUAGCGAUGCAUAUUUCCCGAAAUAGAUAAAUAGGCUUAUAGCCAGUUUUUGACGAAGAAGCAGCACCCUUAGCUACAGCUCCCCUGAUCCCCAGGGCCCUGUUCACUGUGGCUAAGUAAGUAUCUCAGAUUGCUCGCAUAACUGCUGAUGUAGCUGUGUCAUUUUUUUUAAAAAAGAAAGGUUUCAUUUGGCACUUCAACAAAAUUUUGUGACAAAUGUGAGAUAUAAUCUUGAUGGCCACUGUAUAUUUCAUGUGAAGUAUUUAGAUAUCUCUUUGAAACACUUCUAAGUUUCUUUGAUAGCAAUGACUUUUGUAAGGAUUGGUAUUCUCUAUCAUUCCUUAUGACUUGCACAUUGUCUGUCACUAAUACUUGACCUUGCUGUAUUAUCACCUAAAUAACUGAUGCCGGUACUGAUGGAAAUCUCUAAUGGAUAAUCAUAACAUUUUUGGUCACAUGUCCUUUUGUCUUUCCUGCAGCCUUGAAGGUUUUAAGAAAUCUCAAAUGCCCGCUGCUGCUGCCCUUUUAAUUGCUCUCUUUUGAAAAGCACCAGUAUGUGUUUGAAUUGAUUUCCCCUUUGAAGGGAAAUGACAGACAGCAGUUACAGUUCUGAUGGUAUAAGCAAGAGAAAUAAAACAUGUUUUUAAAAAUUGUAUCCUGGAACACUGGUUUUCAACGACUGAAACAAAUUGAAUGUAAUGGGGUGACGUUUCAUGAGGUUGGUUCCCCUACUCUGGUAGAGUCUGUCUUUCCUGAAUAGAUAUAAAGCCUCCUCCUGUUUUUCUAAUUUUAUUCUAACAUCUGUGACUUCUGGGAAACUUUUUAUUUUAUGGACUUUUUGUUAAGGCAGCAAUGUAUAAAAGAAAUGGCGUAAGACUAGGAGCUGGAAAAUACCGAGUCUUAUUCAAGUUUUACUGCAUCCUUGUGGCAUAAUCUUCAGAAAAUCACUUGUGCCUACCUUUUGCGCACAUGCACUCUCUCUGCAGUGGAGAGAAUAUAUUGAUAGCUGCCUCCAUAGAGGUGUUGGUAGUUCUGUCACAUUCUAUAGCACCUGCAAGAAGAAAAGUGCUAUAUAUGUUAAUUAUUGCUUGUCAUAUAAUUCUUACCUGUAGAAAGGUGAAAAUAAGGAACAGCUACACGUUGUUACAUACAAAACUGAAGGGUGUUUUCACUCAGAGGGUCAUUUCUACUUCGUAUCGCCACUGAACUUUCAGACUUGAUAUUUUGGCUUUGUUGUGGAAUAAUCUGAAACUCCAUACGAAUAAUAACACUUUUCCAUGUUCUGUGUGAAAAGCACAACUGAGUGAUGUUUUUACUGAGAAGGAUAAGCUUGUGAAGAAGACGUUACAGACCAGACAUCCUGAAGCAAUGCUGAUGGCUCAAAGCAGCAGUUUUAGUCAAGGCCUAGAAACAUUCCGAAUAUAAACUGCAGUCUGGUGAGAAGUUGCUGUUCUGUGUCUUUUUUCUAGGAAGCUGUUACUGAGCUAAUAGUCCCAACUGUUUUUUAACUGGAAAAAAUAAAAAGACAAACGUUUUCAAACGUUUUACUGUUGAACUGAUGUAGGAAAACAGUUCUUUUUUUUUUUUUUUUGUGCAUCAGCUUACUUCUCAAAUGAUUGGUGGAACACAAGCUAUUCAGCUUUUUCCAUUGCACACCAAAUGCUUCUUAAAGAGCUAAUUUAGUUUACUGUUCAACUUGCAGUGUAUUGAAUUAAAGACUGCUGAAUGGACCAGAGCAUUCCACUUACAGGUUUGAGGUAUUUUUAAUUUAAAUUUAUUAAUAAAACGUGGAGUAGUUGAGAGGCCUUUAAAUUGAGAAACAGCUUUGUAAGCCUUUUUAUGUAUAAAAAUGGUCUUUAGAGUAGCUGCUCUAUUGUAUGCUGGUAGAGGGAGAUGUGUUAUAACAGUAAAACAAGUAGGCAAGAUGUGUUUUGAUCUGGGAAUUCACACUUGACUCCUUUAAUCUCAAUACAUGCGUCUAAUAAACAAUGUACUGAAAAGUUGGCUUGAGUCACAGUAUGGCACACAGAUGCACACCCUUUUUCUGUCCUGUUCAGGGGAGCGUCUAGGUGUCUUCACUCCAUAACAUCAGUCUAGUUCCAAGUUAUAUCCUCCUCACAAGCACUCCUAGAUGAGUCUUGAUGUUUUGAACAAAGACCAUUAUAAGAAGUGAUCAUAUUUAGGUAAUACUGUCCGUUGGGGGCUGGUUUUGUUGUGAACCCUUUCUGGGCCCUGGGAAGGCAACUGUGUGUUCUGGUUACGUGCUGCUUUAGGAUAGGGCAGGCUUGGUGCCUGUAGUUGGAAGGCACUCAUAACAAAGUGGUACUUCUGAGCCUGUAUGUAGACACAUCAUUUGCACUUUGGGGUCGUUUUACCUGAUUCUGCUGUGAAUCAAUCAUUUAGGAGCAUAACAAUCUCGUUAUGUCUGCCUUGUUGCAUAUACAGCUACUCUGAGGAGAGUUUUGUCUUAGCAGGGGAUUCAUUAUUUGAUAUUGUCAGGCUGUGAUAAUGUGUAAUGGUAUGUGUUCGAAAACACGAUUCUAGCUUCUGCAUCUUGCUUCCUCUUGACUGUAAUACAAAGAUCCUCGAGUAAAUAAUGUAUAAGUCACUCAAGUUUCCAGAUGUUUCUACCUAAUCUUACUGUGCCUGGGAAACUUGGAUUCUUCUUAGGCAUCUUACAACUUGAAUACUUUUGUAACUAAAAAAUAAUCAGCUGUUGUCUCACACCUAAGGUCAAUGUUGUCCUACACUUGUUCUCCCUGCAUACAGGCUGUCUUUUUAAGACCAGUUCACCAAUACCACUUUUGGAUUUUGCUGUGAAGGGAGUCGGAGAUAUCAGUUAACCCCUACUUUUUCUUUCCAAGAUCCUGUCCUUUUUGUAUAGCAAUCCCUAAAGCAAAACAUCAUUCAGAGUAGUUGGAAGAAUAAUGUAGCCUUCUUGUUAAUAGCCAGUUAGUGUGUUCUGGUGGGACUUCAUACCUCUCUGAGAGCUUCCUGCACUUAAAAAAUGUGUUGUCUUAUACUGUCCUGUUGACCUUGUUUGUUAGGCAGGCAGAUUCUUCGGUGGCACAUUACCUUCAUAUGGGUCUUUGGAAACAGGAUCGAGCUUCUGUCUUUACCCCCAAAUGGCAAUAUUACUGGAAAGGCUUUAACUCUAGGCAAAUACCGAAAAGAUUAUAAUACUGAAGAAGUCAUUAAACUUCAUAGGAUUAAAAGCAAAUGGCAUAAAACCUUUGUGGUCCAGCAGACUACAAAGCAAACUGGUCAGAAAAAUCGCUGUAAUCUCUUUGAGGUACUGCCACUGCCUAAGCUGAAUAGUUGGCUUUUCUUGCUAUUCUUUAUAAAUGCACAUCUAAGAUACAAGCGUUUGGGGUUGGUGAACAAAAUUGUGCUGUUUUUUAGAGUCUUCUCGCAUGCUGAGUCUUCUCCCUUGCCGAGUCUUCUCUGGAUACCAAGGGACACGAAAACACUGCUCAUUACCAGCCCUGUUAAUGCAGCUGCCAGUCACAUCUUGAAAAAUAAAGACCAUCCCUUUCA